GGAAGGUGAUCAUCUGCCUGGACCUGGCCGAGGAGAUGGCAGUGCCCAAACUGGAGUCCUUCAACGGGUCCAAGACCAACGCGCUGAACAUCUCCCAGAAGAUGAUCGAGAUGUUCGUGAGGACCAAGCACAAGAUCGACAAGUGCCACGAGUUCGCGCUGGUGGUGGUGAACAACGACGCCACGUGGCUCUCAGGGUUCACCUCGGACCCCCGCGAGGUUUGCAGCUGCCUCUACGACCUGGAGACCGUCGUCUGCAAGUCCUUCAAUCUGGAAGGACUCUUCAACCUGAUCCAACAGAAGAUUGAGCUGCCAGUGACAGAGAAUGUCCAGACCAUCCCCCCGCCCUACGUGGUCCGGACCAUCCUGGUGUUCGGGCGCCCCGGGUGCCAGCCCCAGUUCUCCAUGUCCGAGCACAUGAAGGGUUGUCCCUGGAAAAGCUCCCUGGUUCCCUUGCAGAAGAUGCUGCAGUGCCCCUACUUCUUCUUCGACGUGGUUUACAUCCACAACGGCCUGGAGGAGAAGGAGGAGGAGACGAGCUGGAAGGAGAUGUACGGCUUCUUCAGCAGCCUGGACACCAAGGGCACCAACUACAAGUACGAGGUGCCGCUGACGGGGCCGGCGGUGGAGCUGCACAACUGCAUGGCCAAGCUGCUGGCACACCCCCUGCAGCGCCCCUUCCAGAGCCACGCGGCCUACGGGCUGCUGGAGGAGGACGAGCCCCCCGAGGUCGAGGCCACCGUCUGAGCCCCCGGGGAGGGGGUGGGGAUGGCUGGGGAGGGGGCGUCGUGGCGGCUCCUGCGGGGUUUUGUUGGGACGGGGAAAGAGAGGUGUUUGCCUGA